GCUCGCUCUACAGUGUUCAGUCUCAACAACUGGAAGUCCCUUCUGGAAACGGUCAAAUAUAGCUACACUUAAAUCAGAUUUAUAGCAGUAAUGUUAUCACCAGCACUGUGACUCUUGGAGAAAUACAUUUGAUAAUCCUGACAUAGAUCAUGCAGAGAAGAGCUAAACAUACAGAGUACCCAGUGUUUCAUCUUUACCAUUAUCCAAAAUAACCGGCGCCGUGUUCCAAAUGAGCAUUCCAUGCAGCUGCUUCCUUAAAAUGGAAAUCCCUCACAUGCUAGUUCUUAUGUCUUACACUAAAUUCUGUCAGGAGCCUGAUUGCUAGUGAAUCUGUUCCAAGAAGGUAGGACACAUUCAUCACUGUAGCAAUUGCACCACUGACUGUUUUCAUAACAGUGCCCUAAGAUCAGCUCUAAAACUGAUCACCACAUUUGUCUGCCACAGUUUGAUAACUGAAUACCUCAUGGCCACAUCCUGGUGAGUAGAUUCUUUCCUUUUCUAGGAUGAGUAGUAUCAGUGAACAUUUAACUCUGUCGCUCAACAUGCUGUUCCUUAUUUCUAUCUGAACUUCAUUUGAAGUUUUGCUCAUUUACUUGCAAGCUCCCCUGACUGUUCCUUCUCCCAUGGCUCUGUUCAGGGCAUGCUUUGCUCCACAUGCGGGUCAGGGCCUCUCUGCCAAACAUCUUAAUUAGGAGUACAGCACACUACACUCGUGCUUGAAACGGGAGUUUCUCAUUAUUAGGACUGCAUACUGCAGACUUCGAAUUAUAUUAGAAAUAAUGCAGCUGUGCAUUCACUCACACUCCUAGAAGCAUAAUGAGACAGGAGCGUUUGUUGUAAGGGAUAUGUACUAUUCUGUCACUGAACAGCAAGGUGUUCAAUGGGGAAAAAAAUAUUUUGAAGAUUGAAUCUGCUCUCUGACUGGAAAAGAGAAAUAACAAAACAAACUGGCCGUGAAGUCCAGCAGCAUGCCCGCAAGCAGCUCGGCUCCCUCCCCGACAAUCCGGAGCCGGAGCAGCCCCUCGCCAGCCGGGGAAGGGGUGGAUGCUGCAGCCCGGCCACGGCCCGGGGAGUCUCCACCCCUCGAGUGGUGCUACAAGGAGGACAGAGAUCAGAGCAGACACACAGGAAACACAAACCCAGAGUGGUCUGGAAAGAAAAACAUCAAGAGAAUACAGAAGAGAAAAAGCAAAAAGAUAAUUUGAAAUUUGGAGCUGAUGUGGAAAACACUCAGAAUGGAAGGCAAACUCCCAUGUCUCCUUAUGUUGGUGGGAGCAGUCAUGACUGCCCAGUGCCAAGGCUUACACAUGCGUUUCAAACGAGGAGCCAGAUCUAGAGCCAUUUGCACAGAUAAUUCAUCUGCAGAAAUUUACCAACACAGGGGGAUCUGGCUGAGGCUUUCAGGGAGCAGAAUAGAAUACUGUAGGUGCGACAGUGGUCGGAGUCGUUGCCACACUGUACCUGUCAGAGCCUGCACUAGAAAUAAAUGCUACAAUGGGGGCCAAUGUUCACAGGCAUAUUACUCUCCACAGCUCUUCAUCUGCCAGUGCCACCAAGGUUUCUCAGGGAAGCAGUGUGAAAUAGAUACUCAAGUUAAAUGCUACAAAGACACUGGAGUAACAUAUAGAGGUACGUGGAGCAUGACAGAGAGUGGAACUGAAUGUUUAAAUUGGAAUAGCAACGCCUUGGUGAACCGGAUGUACAGCGGGCAAAGAGAGGAUGCUGCUGAGCUGGGACUGGGCAAUCACAACUAUUGCAGAAACCCAGAUGAGGAUUCCAGACCUUGGUGCUAUGUCUACAAAGGGGGAAGGUACACCUGGGAACACUGUAGUGUGCCCUCCUGUUCAAAAGUUAGUAACAUCAACUGUAGAUCUGGAAGAGGCACAGAUUACCGUGGCAGCCACAGCGUUACAAGUUCUGGAGCUACCUGUUUGAAGUGGAAUUCUCGAAUCCUUGAAAACAAGCUAUAUACUGCUUGGAGAAGAGAUGCUUACCAGCUUGGCCUUGGUAGUCACAAUUUCUGCAGGAAUCCUGAUAAUGACAGCAAGCCCUGGUGCCAUGUCUUGAAAAGAAAUCAGCUCACAUGGGAGUACUGCAAUGUGCCUACUUGCUCCACCUGUGGCUUACGGCUGCACAGAGCACGCCAGUACAGGAUCAAAGGAGGCUCCUACGCAGACAUUGCAGCUCACCCAUGGCAAGCUGCCAUCUUUGUGAAGUAUCACCGAGUGCCUGGAGAGCACUUCCUCUGUGGAGGAAUUCUGAUCAGUUCCUGCUGGGUUUUGUCAGCUGCUCACUGUUUUGAGGAAGGCUUUAGUACAAAUCAGCUGAAGAUUGUGCUGGGUAGGACUUCCCGAGCAACUCCCGAGGAAAAUGAACAGAAGUUUCAAGUGAAAAGCUACACUGUGCAUCAGAGAUUUGACUCAGAAAAUUUCAACAAUGAUAUUGCUCUGUUGCAGUUGAACUCAGAUGCAGAAGACUGUGCUGUUGAAACAGGCACUGUCCGUGCUGCCUGCCUCCCCAUGACAGAGCUGCAGCUGCCUGACUGGACUGAAUGUGAGAUCUCUGGCUAUGGCAGAAAUGAAGAAUUUUCUCCGUUCUAUUCAGAGCACCUGAAGGAAGGCCAUGUCAGGUUGUUCCCAGCCAGCCGGUGCACAGCACAGCACCUGGACAACCGGACAGUCACAGAGAACAUGCUAUGUGCAGGAGACACAAGGCACCUUGAUGAUGCCUGCAAGGGUGACUCUGGAGGGCCUCUGGUCUGUAUGAAGGAUGAUCGGAUGUAUCUGAUUGGAAUCAUCAGCUGGGGAAUAGGCUGUGGCCGCAGAGGCAUUCCUGGUGUUUAUACAAAUGUGAAUCGCUAUCUGGACUGGAUUCAGGACACUAUGAAACUCUGAGAAAGACAAAUGAACCCUUUGCAAUCCUGCAACCAUGCCCUCACAGCUUCCUUCUGGGUGCUUUAAGUAUGCUGGCAGGGCUUCCCGUUUGUCGAGAUGCUUAGGACUUCUAGUACAACAGGAAGACAAACUGCAAUGUGUGGGAAGGGCAUGUUCUCAAAAUACUCUCCUUAUUACAGGUUAUUAGAAGCUAAUCAUCCUUUUCCCCAACAUCACCAAACUUUCACCUUGCAUCAAAUCACAUAAGUACAAUAAAAAAUUAACUCUAGCCCUGAGUGAAUGAGAGAACAUCAUGCAUCUCUUCAGCAGCUGUAUUGCUUCAGGAAUGGGUGUGAACUGAAGGGGACAUUUAAUUUCCUGAAAACUUCAUCUCCCUCCUUACUUGGCUGUACCACUGGAAGACAUUAAGCUCUGUCCUUAUACCAUUUGACUUUGGUAAUUUAAGCUGGUUUCGAUAGAAGCUGGUUUCCAAUAGAAAGAACAAAAGCUGUAGGCAUGGGCUGCUUAUUUCCAGAUUAAUACACUACUUGCUUCUUCAGUUUGGAACCAAUUAAUUAGCUGAGUUUGAGCUUAAACUCUCUGAGUAAAUUCAGGAUGC